UGACGAAAUUCAGCAAUGGAGGACUUGAAAGAGGAAGGUUUGAGAAAUCGUUUAUUUGCAUGCUUUUAUAUAACGUCUUAGCCCGUAUAUUUUGUUUUUUAAUUCUACAAGGUGUAAAGUAAAUAUUUAUGUGAAUAUACGAGCACUAUAUAUCUGGUUUAGUGUAGAUUUUAGCCCAUAAAAUGUUGUGUUUUUGAACCUAAUUAGUAUGCAAUAAUAGAGUAUUAGGGCUGUUGUUUUGUUUCAUUUUUCAUUGAGCAAUGUUGCGUAUUGUGUAGAUAUUUGUCGGGUCUGUCGUGCUGAAGGGACGAAGGAGAAGCCACUGUAUCAUCCGUGUAUCUGUACUGGCAGCAUAAAAUAUAUACACCAAGAAUGGUUAGUCUGCAAGUUUCGUAGUUUUUUUGUUUACAAUUUUUGGCAUAGUGAAAUUUUGUUCAUUUUCUGAGGCCAGUAGGUGGUUGUCGGCAGACGUGCAGCAUAUUGUGCUCAGCUGGCAGAAAAUAUUAUUAAUUCAUUUGAUUCUAUGUAGUGUUUUGUAUUCAGUGGCAAAUAUAAACAUAAUUGAGAAGAUAUAGUUUUAUUUUCUUGUUUUUGUCUAUAAAAUGUCAACAUUUCGUCAUUUUUAAAGUUGACAGCCAUCUACUGAUUCGUGACACCUAAUGAAAUCUGUUAAUAAAGGUGUAUUUGCUUGCUUGAAUCUUAGCCCUAGACAGACAGCUUUAUCAUAUAGUGUGUAGCUGUUUGUGUCUUGUCUUUCCCCAUUGCUAGGCCAACAGGGUCAUUCCUUGGAAAUUCCCAGCUAAUAUCUCUAUUACAUAUUAAUCUUUUUCUAUCUCUAGCUUGGUUCAAUGGUUAAAACACAGCAAAAAAGAGUAAGACACACAACACUAUUACUUUGAUAUAUGCUCUGUAAAAUUGUGAAGUUAUUAUCCCUUGUUUUAAAUUUUUUUAAUAAUUUGCCAAAAUUAUAAUUUGACAUACUUGUAUUAUAUAUUUCAGAUAUUGUGAACUAUGUACUCAUCGUUUUACUUUCAAACCAAGUAUGUACAAGUCAAAAUUCUGUUGAUUAAACAUUUAAUCUGUUGAUUCAAUUAUGUUGACUAAAUUAAAUAUGAAAUCCAUGCCAUAAAAGUCACAACCCUCCCCCACCCGUAAAAUUGUUUUAUGUAAUUUUUUCUAAUUAAUGCAUUGUUAAUUUUGUAGUAUAUGCACCAGAUAUGCCAACAAGACUUCCUGUCACAGACUUUGUGAGUGGUUUAAUACGAACAGUAUUACGAGCUGUCCGUUUCUGGUUUCAUUACAUCUUGGUUGCUUUUGCAUGGCUUGGAGUUGUCCCCCUCACUGCUUGUAAGUAUGAAGAAUUGAUGCAGUGAUUUACUGAAAAUUGUAUUUUUGAUUGAACCUUUCUAUUUUAGACCGAAUUUACCGAUGUUUGUUUGCCGGGACUGUGAGCUCCUUACUCACAUUGCCACUGGACAUGCUUUCCACGUACGUAAAUGAUAAUUUGAUCUGUAUGUGUCCUAACCCCCUCCCUUUUAAAUAAGGUCCUGGCCCUCUGUAAUAAGUACCUCCUUUUUAGAGGAAGAGAUUUACGUAUUAACUCAUUAAAAGCUGCAUUGGAUCCUAAUACACUUCCUACCUUAUUAUUUUACUCUGUGUGACCCCAGAUUUUAAAUGAUGUUGAAACUUUUCAUUUAGUGAAAAUCUGAUACCAGAUUGUAUCAAAGGAUGUUUUGUUGUUGCCUGUACCCUGUGUGCCUUCAUAAGUCUUGUCUGGUUACGAGAACAGAUUGUGAUGAACGGAGGACCAGCUUGGCUUGAACCUCGCGAAGACAAUGUCGAGGUAGCUAAUGACCAGGUUGCGGAAAAUUUAGUUAACGCAGGUGUUAAUCAGGUAAGCCUGGAUUAAUUAGGAUUUUUGCAACUUUUAAUAGAGAUGCCGACGAAAGCAAUGAUCUGCAUAAUCUGUUUCCUAUUCCCCUCAAAAAUUGAUAUCCCCAUCUCUGGAUGAUUUGCAUCCCAUGAAAAAUAAUUUCCCACUCCCCCACCUCUGGACAUCCCCAGGAAUUUCUGCACACCCCCCCCCCCCUAGAAAGACUGUCCACCCCCACCCCCUCAGAAGAUUUUCACCCCCUUGGAAAAUAUUCUCCUGCACUAGAAAUUGUGCACCCAUCUGCUAAAAAAUGUGUCCACCCCCACCCCCCAGAAGAAUUGUAUCCCUUGGAAAAUAUUCUAGGAAUUGUCCCUACCAAAUGAGGCUAGACCCACCCAUGUUCUUUCCCCACUCUAGGAUGGAGGUCUGGGUGAAAAUGAGGCUGUGGUGGGUGAAGAAGGACAAGCAGUCAAUGAUGCAGCUGUAGCUGCUAAUGCUCCAGAAGGUCAGUGUUGUAUUUGUAUUUCCAGACAGGCUGUUAUCAUUCCUAUUGGUGGCUUUAUCAUCCUCCAGUUCAGUGCACAUGGAGGGCAUUUAAACAAAAGAAUCUCAUUAGAAUCACAUUAUUUGACCUCCAACUGCCUUUGUGUUGAAUUGCUUGAAACUUGCUUGUGUUGCUUCUCCACAUGACAUCCAGUGAGAACCAAUGGUGCAGUACAGAAUGAAACUAAAGUACCUGGGGAAAACCUUAAACGUCACUUACAUCAACUUUCUUUCAUGCUUAGAUGAGAACAACUGGAAUCCUGUAGAAUGGGACAGAGCAGCAGAGGAAUUGACUUGGGAAAGGGUUGGUGUAUUAAGAAAAUAAGAUAAAAUACACAGAGCUUGUUUGUCAUGUUUAUGUAGUUUAUAAUAAGAUUGUUAUACUUUGUUUUGGAGUAAGUUCAAUAUUUAUUCAGAAAUUGAUAAUUAUGGACUUUGUUGUUUCAGAUGCUUGGAUUAGAUGGUUCUUUACUGUUUCUGGUAAGAUCUUGUAAUUGAAUGUUGAAAUAUUGCUUGGGUUGUACUGUAUGCUUUGGAAAUUAUCAAUGCACCAAUUUUUCAUUGAAAUUAUCAAUUUUUCAGGAGCAUGUGUUCUGGGUUGUGUCUUUAAACACAUCAUUCAUCUUAGUCUUUGGUAAGUAUUUCGUGACCAUGAUUGCAGUGAUUAUGUUUAGAACUCCUGAAUUUCUUUACAGUAACUAAUUAAACCAAAAUGUGAGUGUAUGAAUGAUUUUUCACAGCAUUUUGUCCAUUUCACAUUGGUUACUUUGCCACAAUCCUCUUCUCUCUGGAUGACAUGGUAAGUCAGUGAGUCAAUGUGUGAUAAUUGUCUUUCAUUGUUCGGACAUCAAAUGAAGCUUGUCCUAACUGUACUUUAUUUUAGGUGAAAUCCUCUCACUUGGACAAACUGUUGACAACAGUCUUGGGAUAUAUAAUACUGGCAGCAACAUUAGUCUAUUGUCAUGUAUCCUUUUAUUCAACCAAGACAUAAACAUGUUGUUCUACCGUUCACAAUUCUCGCAUGAUUAGACUUGCAAUUAGAGAGGUUCUCUUACAGGUUUAAUACGCAUUUGAUUGGUUAAUCAAGUAGAAUAAAUGCAUUUGAUUGGUUAAUCAAGUAGAAUAAAUGCAUCUGAUUGGUUAAUCAAGUAGAAUAAAUGCAUUUGAUUGGUUAAUCAAGUAGAAUAAAUGCAUCUGAUUGGUUAAUCAAGUAGAAUAAAUGCAUCUGAUUGGUUAAUCAAGUAGAAUAAAUGCAUUUGAUUGGUUAAUCAAGUAGAAUAAAUGCAUCUGAUUGGUUGAUCAAGUAGAAUAAAUGCAUCUGAUUGGUUGAUCAAGUAGAAUAAAUGCGUCUGAUUGGUUAAUCAAGUAGAAUAAAUGCAUCUGAUUGGUAGAAUAAAUGCAUCUGAUUGGUUAAAGUGGAAGUCAAGUCCGUUCUGCGCAUCGGUUCUGCUCAUAACAAUGUGAGGACCCUCUAAUGUGAACAUUGCCCUAAUCUGAACAUAAAGUCUAUUUCAUAUUCAUUUAGAAGCAUAGCGAACCAAAAUGGUGUUAGAUAUUCAGACAGUACAUCAUAUUUUAAAAAAUACAGCAGUUCAAAAUGUAAACAAACCGUUUGUUUGCAAUGUUCCUGCAGUUUGUAAACUAUCCAUGAAUGUCACAAUCAUUGCCGACACACAGCCUACAUUAUUUUGAUACUGUUUUAUGUGAUCACUUCUUCCUUAACAAUUCAUAGAGUAUGGCUUCUCUUUUUAAAAUGAAAAAGUAUGUCUUUCUCCCUAAAUAUUGUUUAUUGUCAUUGAGCUUCCCUUUCUGUCAUUCCGAAUUUGCUCUUGGUUAAUUUUGUGUUUUUUGUGCACAUUUUUCUACAGAGCCAAACGAAUACUUGGAUUGUGUUACAUUAUUGUAAAGGUCUGUUUCAACUUUUUGCCCUCUUGUUCCCGAAAAUAUUCUAUGUUCAUUGUAACAUUUGAACCUCUUGAUACAUUUAGCAAUAGAAGAGGAAACUUCUUUAUCAAUAUUUUAGGUAUCCCUUCUCAUGGUUGUUGAAAUUGGAGUCUUUCCUUUGGUCUGUGGUUGGUGGCUAGACAUUUGUUCUUUGGUAUGCUUGCAGAUACGCUAUGUUAUAAUCCACAGUCAAAAUCAUACGAAAUUUUCUUAUGACAUCCAGUAACCAAUGUCAAUGGACCUAUUACCUAAUAACCAAAAUUUUGAUCUCAACAAGUCUAGACAUGUUGUAAAAUGCGGAUAAUAUAGCCCUGCGAAGUUUGCCGUUUUUUCAGUCAUUUUGUAUUACGCACGGGAAAUUGGUACCGCUUUCUGAAAAAAAGUAUCAAUUUCCCGCGCAUAAUACAAAAUGACUGAAAAACGGCAAACUUCGCAGGGCUAUAUUAUCCGCAUUUUACAACAUUUCGCAACGAAACUUCGGGAUGUUACUAAUUUUGUGAUGCUCUUUCAAGCUGUGAUGCUCUGUCAUUUUGUGAUGCUCUUUCAAGCAUUUUUGUCUAGACUUGUCUAGAUCAAAAUUCCAUUGAUCAUGCUCAAGAUUAAAUGUCAAGCAAAAACUAUUUUUUAAAAAAUUCCGACCUACCUACUGUACCUUAAUUUUUUCAGGAUUGUAACGGAAUCACGCGGUUUUUUGUUAAGCCUGAAUUAAAUGUUCAUGUAACGUCUCUACUGAUACAUUCUGAUUAUUGUGUUUCAUUAUAGCCACUGUUUGGAUCGACGUUAAAAAGCCGUCAAGAAGGAUUUCAUUCAGCACCUGGUAUGGAAUCAAACCAACUAUUAUGUGCGAUGUAGUGAAGACAUUUCAGAAAUAACUAAACUCUUUAUAUUUUUAGGGACGUCUCUUUUCCUUCAUUGGCUUGUUGGAAUGGUAUUUGUCUUCUAUUUCGCUUCAUUUGUUCUCUUACUACGAGAGGUAAGCUACCACACCAGAAAUAUCGGGAAAUUGAACGUUACGAAUUUUUUUCAAAUUAUUUUGUUUAAUAUUUAGGUGAUACGACCGGGCGUGUUGUGGUUUCUGAGAAAUCUAAACGAUCCAGACUUUCAUCCUGUUCAAGAGGUCAGUUUUAUUUUGGGUUUUUUUAUGUGCUUGAACAUAUUUUUUUCAAUUUUGAAUGUUUACAAAGUUGUGACGCAUUGUUUUAGAUGGUUCAUCUCCCAUUAUACCGUCACGCAAGACGUUUUCUUCUGUCAAUGGUAAGUUCCAUGCCAAGUAAAAGAAACGAAAAUACGUGCGAAUAAUUUUGCCGUUCUCAAUAUUCCAUAGAACGGUCGCGUCACCUCGUGCGUGGGUAGGGAGUCGUAGUGGGUGAUAAGCGUCUGCCUUUCAUUUCUGACCAACAACAACAACAACGACGACAACAACAACAGCAACAACAGCAACAACAACAACAGGAAAAACAACAACAACAACAACAACAACAACAACAACAACAGCAAUAACAACAGCAACAACAGCAAUAACAACAGCAACAACAACAACAACAACAACAACGACGACGACGACAAAAACAACAGCAAACACAACAGCAAAAACAACGACGACGACGACGACGAUGACGACGACGACGACGACAAAAACAACAGCAAAAACAACAGCAAAAACAACGACGACGACGACGACGAUGACGACGACGACAAAAACAACAGCAAAAACAACGACGACGACGACGACGACAAAAACAACAGCAAAAACAACAGCAAAAACAACAGCAAAAACAACAGCAAAAACAACAACAACGACAACGACAACGACAACGACAACGACAACAACAACGACAACAACGACAACAACAACGACAACAACAACGACAGCAACAACGACAGCAACAACGACAGCAACUACGACAGCAACAACAACAGCAACAACAACAACAGCAAAAACAACAACAACAGCAACAACAACAACAACAGCAAUAACAACAGCAAAAACAACAACAGCAACAACAACAGCAACAACAGCAACAACAAAAACAACAACAACAACAACAACAACAACAACUUCCGUGAGAAGAAUGCUCACAGUUUGACUGUACCCGAAACUCCAUUGCAAUUUUUCCUGGAUACUCUGGUUUCCUCCCGCAGUAAAGGCCCAUUUUCACUCAAGAAAAUUUUCCACGGACAGAAAUUUUUCCGAAAAUAUCAUUGUUAAAAGUCAACUUCAAAAUUUUUUCCGACGGAAAAUUUGUGUCGGCCAAUCACAUUUUACAAAUUUUUCUUUCCGCGGAACAUUAUCCUGAGUGGAAAUGGGCCUUGACACUGUACCAUUGAAGAUCUUGUAGGGAAGGGUUACGACUUGAAGGAGGAGUCUUUAUGAAACAGUUGCGGUAACAUAUUCCCAUUAUUUUCAGGUGGUAUUUGGUACAACAGUCAUGCUAAUGGUGUAUUUACCAGUUCAAUCCAUCAGACAUUUGAUGCCAAUGUUCUUGCCUUAUAAUAUUCGCCUUUCAAGGUAUGGCAUAUUCUCAAGUUGAAAGAUUUUAUCAACUAUGGCGAGAGCUCAAGUCUGAGUGACCAGUCCAGAAUCGACGAAAAUAUCAAAAUUAGAAAACUUUCUUUAUUUUUUUAUAUGUGUAAAGUCCCCCCCCCCCAAUUGAAACCAGCUUUUGCUGAUGCGGCUAGGCUAGCGCCAUUAAAUAAAGUUUUAAAUAAACAUAAUAGAAAUAAAAAGGAUUUAUAAUGUACUCCAAAAUUGAAGAUUUGGUACUAAAAAAUGAAAUAUUUAAAAGUUUUGAACCGACCGUUUAGUUCAUAGUGGUUUUUUUCUUAUUUCAACAGCGAGGUGCCAAUGAGUGAGCUGUCUUUAGAGCUGUUGUUGCUUCAAGUUAUAUUACCAGCGUUACUAGAGCAAGGUCACACGCGACAGUGGUUGAAGGGCUUGGUGAGAGGAUGGCUUGUUGCCACAGCAUAUUUUUUGUAAGUUGCUGGGGUGUGUGUAUGUGAAAAGUUUCGCCGCAUUUCAGUCUAUGUUUACAUACUGUUCAAAAACUCAUUAAUAAUUCAUGAAGCAAUUAUCCAAUCUUGAGUAAGAAAUUAGUCACGUGCAUACGUCUUUAUACCAGCUAAAGAACACUUUAACAAAAGACCAUUGUUAUGCAAACUAUAUAAAGAUUUUUAUAUAAAGAUUUUUAUAUAAAGAUUUUUCAUAUUCAGAUUUGACUUAUUAUGCAAACGUUUCUGAAGCCAUUUAAAAAACUCGCAGGUCGUGUUUUAUUAGGUCUAAAGCCACUCGCGCUGCGCGCUCGUAGCCUGCGCGCAGACUAUAUAAUGACAUAUAUAUAUAUAUAUAUAUAUAUAUAUAUAUAUAUAUAUAUAUAUAUAUAUAUAUAUAUAUAUAUAUAUAUAUAUAUAUAUAUAUAUAUAUAUAUAUAUAUAUAUAUAUAUAUAUAUAUAUAUAUAUGUCAUUAUAUAGUCUGCGCGCAGGCUACGCGCUCGUGGCUUUAAACCUAAUAAAACACUCCUGCUCGUUUUUUAAAUAGUACGUAAAAUAUUUCUAUUUCAGAGAUCUUCGCUCAUAUCUUAUCGGCGAUGUUGCUUUGGAUGGCAUGGCAAAUGUCGUAAGUAUUGAUAAGCAUUUAAGAUAAAGCAAUUAUGGAUUGUGUAACGAAAAUAUUUAUGUGCAUUCAUUCUUGUUGGUUUUUUACCUAACACUACUCCCAAAGUAAGCCCGGGGAUUUGGCUACUGGGAUUAACAGACUGCGGAGGAGAGUGGACAGCAAGGCUCCCUCAUACACCACCCCAUGGAAAACCUGCACCCCCUAUUUGUAGAUGAGACUAGAUCCGCCCCUUCUCUUCAGUGCCAUCUCAGCCUUGCUUUCUUCAUCUCCACAAUCUCUAUCACCCCACUUUUUUUCAUUCCUUCUCUUGUCCUACUUGUACAGUGUAGUAAUGAGUAAUUAUCCAUCCUGUGUUGUGUUUCAUUCCUUCUCUUGUCCUACUUGUACAGUGUAGUAAUGAGUAAUUAUCCAUCCUGUGUUGUUCUAGAUACAUUUCAACAACGAAUAUCAUGUUGUCGCAAAUCAACCUGCACUGCCUGACAAUGCUGCUCCUCAACCAAACGUAAAUCAGGCAGCUCCACCCGCAGGCCAUGGAGAAUUCCGAGAGGGAGGAAGGGUUGUUAUUCAACCGUACAUUCGCCCUGAACGUUUUACUUUGAGGGUAUGUGUAGUAUCACAUUGUUUGUUUGUUUGUUUUGUUUGUCUGUUUGUUUAUUUGUUUGAAAGCUUCGGAUUGAUUAUGUCUGUCUGUCUGUCUGUCUGUCUGUCUGUCUGUCUGUCUGUCUGUCUGUCUGUCUGUCUGUCUGUCUGUCUGUCUGUCUGUCUGUCUGUCUGUCUGCCUGCCUGCCUGCCUGCCUGCCUGCCUGCCUGCCUGCCUGCCUGCCUGUCUGUCUGUCUGUUUGCUUGCUUGCUUGCUUGCUUGCUUGCUUGCUUGCUUGCUUGUUUGUUUGUUUGUUUGUUUGUUUGUUUGUUUGUUUGUUUGUUUGUUUGUUUGUUUGUUUGUUUGUUUGUUUGUUUGUUUGUUUGUUUGUUUGUUUGUUUGUUUGUUUGUUGCACCCACUUUGCUGAUCAGAAACUAUUAAAUUGGUGUUAUGUACUCAGGUGAAUAAGAUGUUUGUGAUGUUACUCUGAGUGUUUGAUGCCCACAUCAAUUAUAAUUGUAUUUUUAUAAAAUUAUUGUUUCAGAUAACAUUUCUCAUCGCGUUCAUGUGCCUGUCGCUCGCUGUUGCAAGCUUUCUUUUUUUGACCCUGCCAGGUUGGUUGUCAGACGGUGCAUUGCUAAACUGGGGCAUAUUCUGUAGGCAAACCUUGUAUUGGACAUUUAUAUAUGCCUUAAGGCCCAUUUCCACUCAAGAAAAAUUUCCAUAGACAGAAAAUUUCCGAAAAUAUCGUUAUUAAAAGUUGAAAAUUUUCACUUCAAAAUUUUUUUCCGACGAAAAAUUUGUGUCGGCCAAUCACAUUUCACAAAUUGUUCUUUCCGCGGAAAAUUUUCUUGAGUGGAAAUGGGCCUUAAUACUGACUUAUCUCAGCCGUCACCCCGGAGCGCCGCUCCCAUUCUCCGCCGCUCCAGGGGAGGGGGUCGGCUGAGAUCAGUCUGCUAUCGCAGACUAUAAUACUUAUAGUAGAUGGGAUAUUGUAGAUGGAAUUUUCGAGCGUAAAUUUAUAUACAUUGUAAACUAGGAGCACAACCUGGAGACAAAAAUUUCCUGCAGGCCAACGGAGUAUUUUUGUGCUAAAUCUGCAUGUGCAUAAACAUAUAAUGUUCUGACCAUGGUUUUAAAUUCAAGGAAUAAUGUCUGUCAACCAUAUGCUGUUGCGCCCAUAGUGGGACAUGGGUGUUAAGGUUUCCUUCAAAUUUUCAAUAGCAAAUCUUCAUUCAAACAAAUUUCCUGCAGUUCAACAUUUCCUGCGAGCAUUGCUCGCCUAUUUUUUCCACCCCUGCUCGAUAUCUAACCUGUACUUCUCUGUUCCAACUGACAAGUAAAUCAAGACAAAAAUGUUUAAACUCUUUCAUAUAAUUUCGUAUUAUUGGCACUACUAGAGACCUUACGAUUUUUGGACGGCAAAAACAAAACAAACUCCUUCAAAUAAAUGGUAGUAAAGAUAAUUCAUCGUAUAUUAUCAAUCGUAUGAAUUUAAUACAGUCUUAGAAGUUGAAGACAUGAGUUUUAUGUUUGGGAAGAGUUCUGCUGAAGUUGCACUUGUUGCGGCUUGAAAUGCAGCCGUUGUAUUAAGACGUGAAAAUCUGUGAUUUGGCGUUGUAAACAGAGCGAGGACAAUGUCUAAAUUAUUCAUAUAUUGUAAUUAUUCAAUUCUUUUCAAUGAUUGUAUUGGUCGCUGUUGCCGUCGCGUUGGCGUCCUAAAUCGUAAGGUCUCUACUUACACUGACACAGAUCUUUCAACUCACUUCUGUCUUAUACAUACAGUUGCAGUUGGUCGUUUCGUCAUGCACCUGGUCGUGUCUGGUAUAACAGUUCACGAACUGUAUACAGCAGCAUUUGGUCUGUAUAUAAUAUGGUUGUUAUGUCGCACUGCCAGUAUUGUUGUCUCGUGGUUACCUUUGGGAGUCAAUGGCAUUGUUGAUAAGAUGAAGAGCUGGACACUGCUUGUAUGUAGAUUUAUACUUGAGGUUGUCUGAACUAGGAACUAAAAAUGUACCAUACCAUUACGAUACCCUACCCUACCACCAUGUACCUUAUACCAAAUGUACCAUACCAUGACCAGACCAUACCCUACUACACCAUGCAAUGCUAUACCUUACCAAGUCAUACUGUAUCUUACCAUACCAUCCACAUCAUACCAUAUUAUACCUUAUUUCACCAUGCCACACUACCCUACUGUAUACCAUACUUUACCACACCACCACACUAUACCUUACCAUAACAUGUCAUGCGAUGCCCCACCUUACCAUACCAUCCACAUCAUACCAUGCCACGUACUUAUUACACCAUCCAUGCCACACUGCACCAUACCUUACCAUACCAUCCACAUCACACCAUGCCACGUAUUUAUUACACCAUCUAUGCCACACUGCACCAUACCAUACCUUAUCUUACCUUACCUUACCUUACCAUUUACCAAUACAUACCAUCCACAUCAUACCAUAUUAUUAUAUAACACCAUCCCAAGCCACACUACACUAUACCAUACCAUACCUUACCACACUAUACCAUACCUUAUCACACCAUAGGAUACCAUACCAUCAUAUUUGUGCUUUUCUCCAUUUCAGGUCUUAAAAUGUUGUGUAAUUGCUAUUUUUAUUAUUGGAGUCAUACCGUUUUUACUUGGUCUUAUUUUUGAACUGGUUGUCGUGUCUCCGCUACGAGUUGGCAUGGAUCAAUCUCCGCUUUACUUUCCUGCUCAGGUAGGGGAAAGUUGUUUUUUUAUUAAUUAAUUCAACUUUAGAGACCAGUCAUAAAGUAACUGCUAGGGUGGGCUGGAGUGAUUUGGGAUGGGCCAUGGAAAAUCUUUGGGCAGUUUCGAUGGGCCGCCAAUUUUUUGGUAUGUCCACGGUUGGGCCACCAAACAAAAACCCAUGUUAAUUAUAUACUACAUAAAGAUAAUAAUAAAAGUAAACAAAACUAUCCAAAUCAUCAAAUGCAAAUGCAAAUGAUGCUAUUGAAGCUAGUACUUUGUUUUAUACAACAACAAGAAGUGGUCGAAUCACAGCAAAUGCAACCAACUGGAGAGCAGCUCAGUAUCGUAAUUGGUGAUGAAUGUGUUGGUCAAGCUUGGUGGAAUUAUGUAUGUCAAUACAGUGCCGGUGUAUAUUACAAUGUUCAUACCUGCAAGUUUUCAAAAUUGUAUUUUCCCAAUUUAGAUUGGGUGGGUGGGUCAUGAAAUAAAUUUGGCAAGAUUAGAUGGGCUUUGAAAUUUUUAUCUACAUCCUAAGAUGGGUCACCAAACUUAUUGGCAAAAUUUGUGAUUUACCUCCAGCCCACCCUAGCAUUUAUUUAUGACUAGAUCCUUACUUUCGGUUUUCCAUUUUCUUUUUCAUUUGGAAUCGUCUUACAUUUUAGGACUGGGCUCUCGGUGUUCUGCACACAAAAAUAAUCUGUGCUAUGGCUAUGAUGGGCCCAGAAUGGUGGCUGAAGAGAGUUCUGGAUCAGGUCAGAAGAGCAAGACACUAUGACACCUUGAGAAAUGCUGUUCCAAUAGACAACUUGCAUGUUAGACUAAUUUUUGAUCUAGGCAAAAAAUUCCCGUAAAGAACUUAUUAAAAUUAGUAAAAUUGCAAAAUUUGGUUACGAAAUGUUGUAAAAUACUGAAAAUAUAGCCUUGCCUUGCGAAGUUUGCACAUUUUCAGUAUGUUUGUAUUACGUGCGGAAAUUGUUACCAUUUUCGGCUCGAAAAUGGUAACAAUUUCCGCACGUAAUACAAACAUAUACAAAAUUUGGAAACUUUGCAAGGCUAUAUUUUCCUAGCUUUACAACAUUUCGCAACCAAUUAAAUCUUGCAGUUUUACUAACUUCAUUAUGUUUUUUUUUUAGCUGUGGUGUUUGGUUCCCUUCUCUUUACUUCGAUUAAAAUUUAGUCUAACAUGCAAGUUGUCCUUUACAUCUGAAAUCUUUGGAUUGAUAGGAAUACAACUACCUGCAUGAAGAAUACAAGUCAGGGGUGGAAAAAGUAUCGGAACCUGGAAACCUAGUUCCGAGAAUUUUUUUUGAGUUGAGAGUUUUUCAGAAAAUUUUCCAGAAAAUAUUUCAACAUUUUGAGAUAACUCUGUUUACUCAACUUACAAGUUACAACUAUUCUACUUUAUUUACACUGUACACGCUAACAUCAGCAGCUUUUAAAUAUUUGACAGAAAUUAAUUCUUUUACCCACCCCUGCCAUCACAAUGAGGUAAAAUGGUAAAUAUAUGCUCUGCAAAGUCUCCAAUAAAAUGCAAAUUAAAUAGUAAACAAAUAAAAGUGAUGGAAUAAAUAAGAUGAUAGGACCUUAGUUAAGCAUUAGAUCCUUACUAGUUGGUCAUAAUUCAUAACUGUGGUAUAUAACAGACAACUAUUGCGAUGUACAAGCAUACAAAAACCAGCCUAAAGCCUAUUAUUACUAAAGUACAAAUAAUACAAUAAUUAUGCAUUUGUUUUGUUAUUUUUGUAAUUGUAACAUUGCAAAUUUUACAGAAAAUUUCUAGCCUUCGACCCAGGUUCCCAGAAAGAAAAUUUUUUUCCACCUCUGAUACAAGGAGUAGUUCUUCUUGUGUUUUUCAGGUAGUUGUAUCCCUAUCUAUCCAAAGAUUUCCUGUUAUUUCCACUGGCUCAGACCAUUCAAAAUUAUCAUUUCUUACUAUUUUUGUAGAUAUACCAAAAUGGUCUUCGUGAGAUGGACAUGACUUAUAUUCUCCAGAAACUUAUAUUCCCCGUCACGAUAUGUCUAAUGUUGAUGAUAACCACGCCCUAUGUUGCUGCAAACCUCUUUAUACCACUGCUAGGUACAGUAGGUUUGUUGGAAUGUACUGAUCUAAACCAACUUAUACUGGAUUGCUCUAUACAUUAGGGUUUUGGAGGCGCAGUUGUCACAACAAGCGCCUUUCACCUCUCUGAGGUCAUGGGUUCAAUGGACCUUUCACCUUUUGACUAAAAUUUAGAUCUAAACAAGUCUGGACAAAAAUUUCACAGCUUGAAAGAGCAUCACACAAUUAGUAAUAUUCCAAAGUUUCGUUGCGAGAUGUUGUAAAAUGCGGAUAAUAUAGCCUUGCGAAGUUUACAAUUUUCAGUCAUUUUGUAUUACAAACGGGAAAUACAUACUCUUUUUCCGAAGGAGGUAUGUAUUUCCCGCCCGUAAUACAAAAUGACUGAAAAUUACAAACUUCGCAAGGCUAUAUAUAUUAUCCGCAUUUUACAACAUUUCGCAACGAAACUUUGGAAUAUUACUAAUUUUGUGAUUCUCUUUCAAGCUGUGAUAAAAUUUUUGUCUAGACUUGUUGAGUUCAAAAUGUUAGUCAAAAGGUGAAAGGUCCAUUCUCGCUGCGGACUCGGGACACUUGUGUGAAAGGAAACAGUCGACAUUCUACCGAAAGUCGCGAGUUUCGUCCAGGUGCUCUAGUUUCUUCCCCCAGAGAAUGUUAGCAGGGUGGGAUGGGAUAACUCGCUUACGUUGGCGUGAGUUGUGUUUGAUUUGCACAGCACAACUCAAGUUGUAACCAGGUUGCAUGCGACAGUUUUAGGCAAACGUUGUGUAGUGUAAAUCGCCCUUAAUGCACACAAUUCCAGAGUUGUCUCCUUUGUUUCAAAAGUAUUAUAAUAUUUUUUAUGUAGUUCCAUCUCGGGAGAUUCAACUUCUGUUUAUUCGUCAAGUGUAUCCAUUUCUUCUCGCUGUGGUCUUAUUGCUUGGAGGUCUUGUCUUUCAAGGAAAACAGUUUCAGAGAUUAUAUGAACAUAUCAAGAAUGACAAGUAAGUGGAUUUUUUGUAUAUAUUUAUUUAGCUUUAUCAGAACUAUCUAACUCCCAUCGUAAUCUUUGGGCGUCAUUUCCGGAUAGUAAUAUACUCCAUAUAGACGUUGCCAGAAAAAUUCUGACCAUAUAAAUUUUAUAUCUUGCUAUGUUCUAAAUGUUCUGGAUUGGUUUGUGAUUAAGUAGGCUUGUUAAGUGUGAAAUGAUGAUUUAAAAUCACCAAUAUCGGAUGAAAUAGCUCCUAAUUAAAAAUGACGAGUACUGUACCGGCUGUAGAUUUUAAAAAUUUUCUCGGGGGAAAAGUUCGUUUUACUAUACCAUGCAUGGAUAGCCUGGGCGUCCAAAUAUAUUUUCACGUAAUAGAACCAGCGCAAGUUACAAUCGACCCCUCCUGGGAUUUUCGCCUCCCCCCCCCCCUUGACUAGAAAGUCCUGGCUACGACAUUGGCACAUUCACAGGAAAAACGUCAAGCAGUGGACAGUAAGGGUGAGGGCGGGGCUAGGUUCAACAAAUAAGCGUGAUAUGAUGACAAACGAGUUCCCACCUCCUGCAGUACUUCACGAAGCAUACGUCACUAUGUCAGUUGCGUGCAGGAGUAUUGAAGUAUGUUCUCAUCACGUGACGUUGAAGGGGAGAUGUUGGCCCAAUUUCCAUAAUGACAAACACCAUUUAAGUAUAAAGGAGUUUCGUAACCAUAUUAUCAAUCCUAGUUCAACAUGACCUUUGUCCUCACCCAAAUCCAUACAGUAGAACUGCGCACCAAAUUAUGAGUUGAUUUGGGAACAUUUAUGUAUAUGGUACUAUAAAGGUUGGUUUACGCUUUCAAAGUUUCUGUGUAGGAAUUUUUGCAGAGAUAAAAUUCCAAGUUUGAAGGAUUUAUAAGAAAUGUUUGAGGGAGUCAACUCAGUGUUAGACAGCAUGACUAAAUCAGUUCUCUCAAAUAUUUCUUACAAAUCCUUCAAAACUUAGAAUUUAUCUAUGCAAAAUUCCUACUGUGAUCACAGAAACUUUGAUAGUAUAAACCAGGCUUAAUGUUGGCAACUCAUGGCAAUGCAUCUGAAACAAAGUGAUUUCUUGUCUAGAUAUUUUCAAGAAGUUUCAAGAACUGUUUUCUUCGGAAAUAUUUAAACAUUAAAAAUUUAUCAUAAAGGGAAAAAUAUGCAUACACUUCAACGGAUAUGCUAUACACUUAAACUAAUCGUUUAUUUUGCGAAUAAUAGAUUACACAUAUAAAGUCUGCCCAACCCAUAUUUUUUUCGACAACAACGUGUGUAAAUUGAAGUGGUGCCAGAUUUGUUACAUCAAUGUGACCACGUGUUACAUCAAUGUGACCACGUGUUACAGCAGGUCGUACCGCACUUGAGUCAGUAAUUGAUAACCCGCGUUAUUUCGUCAGCAACCUUGACCUUUCUGUAAGAACUUUGAUGAUAAACAGGAAGGAUUGUGCGUGUCGGAGAACAAGAAAACGCUUCCCAUAUUGCUCUCCUAAAUUCAGGUGCUUUAAGGACUGUUGACAAACAUGCAAAUUUAUCUCAAAAAGUUCUUAUAUCAAGUAUCAAAGGACCUCUGUGUACAUCCAGUCAACCACAAACUACUUUGGCAAUUUGACCUUGAGUUUGGACAACUAAUAAUAGACAACUUGCAUGUUAGACAAAUUUUUUAUCUAACCGAUCUAGGAAAAAAAAAGUAAAUUCCCGUUAAGAACUUAUUAAAAUUAGUAAACUUGCAAAAUUUGGUUGCGAAAUGUUGUAAAGCUUGGAAAAUAUAGCCUUGCAAAGUUUGCAUAUUUUCAGUAUAUUUGUAUUACGUGCGGAAAUUGUUACCAUUUUUGAGCCGAAAAUGGUAACAAUUUCCGCUCGUAAUACAAAUAUACUGAAAAUAUGCAAACUUUGCAAGGCUGUAUUUUCCAAGCUUUACAACAUUUCGCAGCCAAAUUUUGCACUUUUACUAAUUUCAGUAUGUUCUUUUUAGCUGUGGUGUUUGAUUCCCUUUUCUAUGCUUAGAUUAAAAUUUAGUCUAACAUGCAAGUUGUCCAUUGUAGCAUUAAGAACGGUACUUUUUUUCUUUGGUUUGUUUCUUUAACAUUUAUUCGAAAAGCUUUGAAAGGCAGCCUAAGGAUGAAUAAAAUUUGAGUUUUAGUGAUAAAACAAAGAUAAGUCAUGCUUAAAACUUUCGCAUACAUGCUCUCUUGGGGUAUCUAACCUCUAGGUGAUAGUAAUUCUAUCAGUUGCAUAAAACUUUGACUUUAAAUUAAUACCAAAUUUCACAACUAAUAUGUAGUAGAAAAUAUUGCAAAGUACAUCCGGGUAGUUCAGCGACCAGGUCCAGUUCCUAUUUGGCAUUCACUAUAUACAUGCAUUACACAUUCAAAUCCCCCAACUCCCAACCCCCACCCCCAAACCCCCUCCCUAAUGUGCGCCCCUGUAUCAACAGAUAACUUAUCCCCUUUCGUAUAACCAGUCCAAUGCAGUAGCUAGUACUAGCUACAUAUAUCACGGCACUCUAAAACGUUUCCUGUUUUUAAGCAAAAACAAACAGGUGUAUAUUUAGAACUACUCGAAGUAUUACAAAGAAUGUUUCUUUGAAUUUGCAUGAAUUGUAUUGAAUACAUAGCUUUGAUUGCUUUGAACAGUUCAAGGCAUUCAGAAUAUUUUGAAAAAAAUGUUAAUCACAAACGUAAUCUAUAUAUAACAAAUUAUUUUUAGCAUAAUUAACUUAUAAUUAUCUAAUAUCAAUUAUCAGAGGGGGCAGGAAAGCUCAAUCUGUUUAAAUUACUUUGGCUAUACGUCCAUACUAAUCUGUUUUCGUAGCGUUUUCCUAUUGUUUCUGUUAAUUGCAGCAUUCUUCUCUAUUCCCUUGUGAACGGUGAAUAAUUAUACGAAAACGCAUUAGUGUGGACGUGACCUUUGUCUGAGUUUGUCAUGAGAUCGGUAUCACAUGCAGUAUAGACAUAUUUUGUCAAUGUCUAAACCAUGGCAGAGUGCUUUCAUACAGAGGUCUCACUUCUGCGGGAAAACUGUAAGGUAGUUUUUACCAAAAUAGCUAGCGGCCAUGUUCUUAGCAAGUGCCUUAAAGAGAGGCAUUCACCCCCCUGGAACAUUAAAUUUCAAUAUGUAUAUGGGGGUGACGGCCUCUCUUUAGGGCACUUUCUAGGAACAUGGCGGACUGAAAAAAUCCCUUGCAUCUAACCUGAAGUGAGACCUCUGUAUGGAAGUAGUCUGUGUCUAAACGAUGUAUAACUUUAUGAUUUACAUGAAGUAGAAAACACGAUAUCGAAAGCUUCAGUUCGAAUGUUUUCUGCCCGCUGUGAAUAAUUGGUUGUUUAUACACUAAGUGGACGUAAAAAUAGCCUAAUAAAUAUUCAGGAGUUAUUUCCAAGUUUCUCAGUCAGAUUAUUUCCUAUAUCCCUGGAGGCAAACUGGUUACGAAUUGCAUCGUCUUAUAUCAAACCAGAAGUUUUGGGGUUCCGAACGCUUCCGAGCAUUUGCCGAACAUUUUCAAGAUUGCGGCGAAGAGAAAAGCAAACAACUGUCUAGAGAUAAUUUUCCACAUUUUGUUGAAUUUUUGCAGCUAAACAAAAGCUAAAAAUUUAUCUGGAUAAAGACUUAACCUAAUUAAACAAUGACCUAUUGAUAAUGACCAUAUCACACUAUAGAUGCUGAUAUAUAAUUUAACCAUAUACGAUUCUAUCUAUUUGGCUUUAUACUUCAAAAAUAUUUUAUUUUUCUUUGUGAUAUUCAUAAUACUAUUUUCAGCAGUCUACGUCCUUUAUUCAAUUAGGAUUGUAAGAUUCAAUUAGGCCAUGACUGGACUUUCACCACGCUAACCACAUCAUGCAUACAGAGACUAAUGUUGUGUUUGCGGUUUACGAUAGAGACAAGCGGUCAAGGUUAUUGCUCAAUUAGUAAAAGAAUUCUGAUAUUUCAUGCUUACAAAACACAGACGCAAAUCCCCGUAAACAUGCUUUCCCUUUUGUGGGAACAACUCCGUAAGGUCGGGCAGUUGCCGUUGAUAUUGGUGCAUGUAUAUGAGCAAUUUUACUGCAUGGCAGCCAAGAAUAUUUAAAGUUCCAAAAUAUGUAUGACAAGUAUUUAUAUAUAUGGGUGUUUAGUUUUUAUGCGUAUGUCGUGUCAGGUUUUUGAGAAAGUUUUGGGUAAAGCUGCUUAGUUUCUACAGAAUCUAUUUAUUCUACUCAUUUUUCUCUCUAUGUCAUUUGAAUCACAAUUUCCCCGCAAAUACUUUCACAUCACAUGAAAUAAACAAGCGUUGUGCCCCUAUAUUAAAAAAGAACAUACUUCGACGUUUCAGGAAGAUUAGUAUUCCUGUUAAAAGGUUUCAGUUAGAACCGCUCUAUUAUUAUUAGCCUAUAAAUUGAUUGCACAGCCCAACACAUUACGAAAUAAAUAUCAUAGAACUAUGGUGGGCGUGGAACCAUUAUGGGUGCGUUUACUAUACAUUGUGCUUGUAUCAUGACAAACAUGCAUUUAAGCUAUGCAGACUACACAACCUCGUGCAGGUGGUAUUGCGGUGCUUUACAAUUUUUUUUUACGCUAUCAGUUUCAAUGGAAAAGUUCUAAAAACAGCAUCAAAAUACAAUAAUAACACAAAGACUUCGGCUUGCCGGUUUAAGACACUGUCACGAAAUUAAUUUUUUGAGGUCCAAAUGCUCAGAACAGAAUUUUUGGAUAAUUCAGUAUAAUCUACACAUUAUAAAUAGGUGUUUAUAAAUACAUCUGUAAAUGGCUACGCUGUGGGACAGUGCAACACAUUGUGGUCAGCUCUCAAAAAGAAAACCAGUUAUCAGAGGCAGAUUGACUAUAAGUUUGAACUGUCUGUGCUGAGUAUCUGGUAGUGCCAAUAAUAACAAGCUUUCGUUGAUAGGGAAGCAACUAUACCUGAAAAAGAAAAGGAGAAUUUCGACGUUUCGAGCGAAGGCCCUUCGUCUGGAGUUACUAACGUCGAAAUUCUCCUUAUAUUUUUCAGGUAGUUGCAUCCCUAUACCAACGAAAGCUUGUGACUAUAAGUUGUUCACUAUAUGACCUGUGCUUGACCAUGUGUUUAGUGCAUGGCAAUACAUGUAAUGGAAGUAUUUAGCAUAAUUUGCUCACUCCAAAAGUGUUUGUACAUUAAUGGUUCAUCACGAUGUGUGUAUCAGCAUCUGAACACCAAGCCAUACAAUGAAGGCUAUUCAUAAUAUAAGAGUAUACAAUGAAGACAUUGAAUGUGUGGCCCCAUCAAACGUAUAAUAUACCUAUAUAUACAUUAAGUGUUUUGUUAUCAAGAGUUCAAAUAUAAACACCAUUUGUCUUCUUCAGCUUCUCCUCCCCCAGAACGCAUGACCAGUUGCACACAUCAGCGUGUGUCCGCUACAGACAAAAAAAACAUGCAUUCCAACACCAAGUGCUUUCUAAUACAGCACGCACAUGUUUGUGGCUGGAAGAUAACGAUUUGCUAGAAAUGCUGAGGUCAAUCAUCACAAAAGAAUGUGAAAACCCACUUGAAAUGUAUGUGUAUAUUCUGUGGUGAAUUUGCGCAAGAUAUUUUUACGUGUGUUUGGUGAUGUGGUAACACAAUGGUUUGCGCAUGUACAUUUCACCUCUGAUUCAAUUCCUGUAAAAUUCAGAUUAUGAUUUCAUUUUAGUCGCUUGUGAAAAGAACUAGACUUCAGUUAUUCUGAUGAGAUGGACCUCUAGGCUUGCCUCUAGAAAGGGCAGAUAGAAUGGAUGACCCUAGCUACAGACUAAAUUUUGAUCUAGGCAAGAAGAACAAAAUCCAUCACCACAGCUAGAAAGGGCAUGUUAAAAUUAGUGAAAUUGCAAAGUUUGGCUGCGAAAUGUUGUAAAGCGCGGAAAAUAUAGCCCUACGAAAUUUGCAAAUUUUGUAUUAAUUUGUAUUACGCACGGGAAAAUGCACCACUUUCGGCCCAAAUGUGGUGCAUUUUCUCGCGCGUAAUACAAAUUAAUACAAAAUUUGCAAAUUUCGUAGGGCUAUAUUUUCCGCGCUUUACAAUAUUUCUCGGCCAAACUUUGCAAAUUUUACUCAUUUUAAGAUGCUCUUUCUAGCUGUGGUGAUGGAUUUUGUUCUUCUUGCCUAGAUCAAAAUUCAGUCAAAAGCUGGAAUAAUCUAUUGUUAGAGCUGUAUGUGUCUGAAUAUCGCAAAAUCCAUAUUCUACAAGACCUAUUCCCAGAUAUAAGAAAAAACAGAUACUCCAAAAAAACAAGACACAAAUUAUGGUGGUGAUAUUUCGACUCUAUUUCAUGGUCAUUGUCAAACCAAAUUGUAAUUAUUUAUUAUCUAUUCCCAGAUACCACCUACUAUAUAUUACUGCACGUACAUGGUUGCAACAAGAUCUCUGUGGGUAGUGUACACCUCCCAGUUUUAUCGUGAAAUCACAAUUCUGAUUAUUACGAUCGCCGCGGUUUCGUACUUCAAUGUUGAUUUUACCUUUAUUUGUUUGUGCCACGGCGUAUAGAUGGUUGCACUUCCCAUGUUUUUCAAGAACAUGCAUGGAUAUCGCUAUUUUUAACAUGCAUAGUCAUGGCCAUGAAAUUCCUCUACUGAUCUAGAUUAUUCAUUUCCCGUUUUCUCUUGUUUCAUUUCCUGUUGUGGUAUAGUUUUCAGUGUGAGAGUGAGUGUUAGUUGUAUUCAAAAGUGAAGAACAGAUUAUAAUGUCAUGUUCUACCCAAUCUCAUGUUCUGAUGUUCUAUGCCAUAAUUUGAACAUGCUUAAAGCUGGUUGACACUAUCAAAGUUUCUGUGAUCACAGUAGGAAUUUUGCAUAUAGGAUUUGAAGGAUUUGUAAGAAAUGUUUAAAGUGCCUAUACGACAAUUUUUUUUUAUGAUUGAAUUGAAAAGUUCAUUUAAAAUCAUAAUAUAACUUGUUUUCUAAAACUUUGUAUUCUUUCCUGUAUGUCAAGAUUUUCGACUUUGUUUGAUAUACAAAUGUGACUUGAAUGACGUCACACUGCAUAACGAGUUUUUAGAAGAAAAAACGUUUCUUUGCCAAACAUGUAAUAAUUCAAUGACAUUGAAAGUGAUAUACUUUAAGAGCUAUCAAAGCGAUCAUUUCGUCUGUAAAUUUGAGAUAAUGAGAAUUUUAACCGCUACAACACAGUCUUCUGUAAAACGCAUUAUGAGUGUGACGUCAUUCAAGUCACAUUUGUAUAUCAAACAAUGUCGAAAAUGUUGACAUACAGGAAAGAUUACUAAGUUUUAGAAAACAAGUUAUAUUAUGAUUUUAAAUGAACUUUGCAAUUCAAUCAUAAAAAAAUUGUCGUAUAGUCAUAAUCAGUGUUUUGUCCUGCAUAUAACCAUUACAUAAGUAAAAGUAUCUUGAUAAUUAAAUGAAGAGAACAAAGAAUUUAUUUUACAAACUUUAUUUAUAAAAUUACCUAGUAAGAUUGGUGAGCUUUGUAUUUCUACAGGACAUUAAAAAAUGUCGUUUAUCCCCAGUCUCGUUUAUAUAGAUCAGAAGAUCGUUUCCUCAUGUCUAGUUACACGGGGAAAAGAUCAGGGAAAAGGAUGCGGGCAUGUUCUCAAUUUUACUAUCAAGACAUUUAGCAUGCAUAUACAGUAAAAUUCAGCCUAUAUAAAAACGUAUAUAUUUUCCAGCUCAGGGUGAAUAGGUUCUUAGUACAUAUUUGAUCAGAAUAUUGAGUUCUACUUCAUGACUCUAAUGUCUGUACUGUAUCGGUACAAAUACACUUGCACUUACUUUAUUUAUUUAUUUAUUUAUUUAUUUAUUUAUUUAUUUAUUUAUUAGUAAGCUUUACAAUCAUUAAAAGUGCUAUAAAAUAUAUAACAAUGAUUGAACGUAUGGUCAACAGGACAUGAGUCCCGUGUGAAUUGCGAAGACCAACCUGGAAGAACCUUUAUUAUUAUACAGCCUUUUCCAAAUUUCAGGCUGAAUUGGUUCUGAUAAAAAUUGGUGUCUAAAUAGCAAGUUUCAGGCUGUAGGUUCCUGAUCUCCUAGCUUCUUAUUUGCGGGAUUUUACUGCAACAAUCUGUGUCAGUAAUUGCAAAUUCACGCAAAAAUCGCCUCGUGUAACACUGCAUGCGUUUACUCUGAUGAAGAUUCGAGCAUACAUGCCAUAUAUGUCGAUGGUGUUUUCCACAAAACAGAUCAAUUAUAUUUUCUUUUCGUUAUACUUUUUCUGUGUGUUGGUGUUAUGUACUCAGGUGAAUAUGAUGUUUGUGAUGUUUUACUCUUAGUGUGCAUCCACACCGGGCAAGUUAAAAGUUAGCCUGUUCGCAGGCUAGUUAAAAGUUUGCCUGACCACCUUGGGAAUCGAACCCGCGACCUUUAAGAUACUAGUCCAAAGGUCUCGGGUUCGAUUCCCACCGUGGUCAGGCAAACUUUUCAGCUUGCCCGCGGUGUGGAUGCACACUCGGAGUAACACCACAAACAUCUUUUCGUUAUAUUUCCCCUGUUAAAUUUAGCCGAAAUAAUUAAACAGUAUACCGGCCGGAACCUUAAAUCAGGGCAUUUUUUAACUAUAUAACUGGGGGGGGCCAAAGCCCCCCCAGCCCCCAUGGUGGCCCCCCCACUCAACCAUUUUGGCCCCCCCAGUCAAAGUCCCUUUUCUCUAAAAUAUAAGCAAAACAUGAAAUUUAGAAGGGAGGUUUGAUAUUCUAGUAACUGAAAUUUGCUUUGUGAAUCUUAUGUCCUGUCUUUUAUGUUUAAUAAAUACCUUAUUAGAUUUUAAACAUUUCCCAGGCAGUGGAUUGCAUUUCCCAGACCCUAUAGAUUUGAGUUGUUGGACAAGUUAGUGACCGCAGGGGACAACAGGCCCUCAACCAAGUGUUUUCUAAGGGGGGGGGGAUAAUUUUGGCCCCCCACCAAAAAAAAACAAUUUGAUUUCGAAACUAGAAGUAUUUGAAAUCAUAUAUACAUAUAAUCAAAUAUCUGUAAUCGAUAUUUUGAUAACAUUUCUCGUAAUAAUCCAUCCUGACUCGUGGAUAUCAUAGACUCACAAAUCAUAAUGAACGAAUUAAUGAAAGGGCCUAACAAAAGACGUAUAGAAGACUUUGAAAAUGCCAUUUCCGACGAUUUAGAGACGCAAAAUUUUCAAAAUUUUUCCGCUCUGUGCCAACCAUGGUGGCGUUUCGUGGGAAUCGGGAACUCUAAGUUUAUCAAGCUGGCUCCCUAAGUGACGGCCAAGUUGUGGUAUCUACAUAAACAUACUAUGCAAGUACUUAACUGAAGGUUCAGUCUAUAUCUACAGCAUAAUGUAAUGCUGUAUAUCCAAAAAUCUGUUUUAGAAAAUGCAGGGAAUUGCAGUCAUAGGGGUAGAAAAAUACAAACAUUUUCUGGGAGAGAAAACCCCAGACCUCUCCAGGGCCGUAGCAACCGCGGGGGGGGGGGAGGGCUGGGGGGCUGCAGCCCCCCAAUAAUUUGCUAAUAAUCAUUCAUUUUUCAAAAUCAUGCAGACCUUUAUCAUUUAAUCCAUGACAAACUUCAAAGAAUGAAGAUAUUACCCAUACUUUCCUGCAACUUAUCCAAAAUAUCGUUAAUUAAAUACACUUUCGCCCAUUUAGUACUACUGAACUCUAAAUUUCCACAUACUAAAAACGCUGUUUUUUGACAAUCAGAAAUCUGUCAAAUCUUCCCCAAAGUCCAGGAAAUGGCAUUUCAGAGACUCUAAAUUUAAAAAUUUCCUCGGGCCUUCGGCCCUCGCUUUCAGCGCCCCCAAACGAAAGAAGCUUCCUACGGCCCUGCUCCCCCCCCCCCCACACUACUAUUAAAUGCGAUACCACACCAAACGUUUUGUUACCAACAAACCAUCUAUCAUUGCUCCACACUCUGUAUAGUAUGGUCCCUUUUUGUAGAUGGCCCCCCCCACUGACGAAUUCUUAAAAAAUGCCCUGCCUUAAAUGUAUCGAACAAGAAAACAUUUUAACUUCGAUUGACAACAUUAAGGAAAUGGUAUCCGGCAACAUAUUUUGUACGCAUUAUGAUGUCACCUCGCAUUCGAUUCCGGAACGUUCGUAGGAAAACAGAGACAUCCAGUAUGACGUCAGAGUUGAUGACGUCAAACCAUUCCUUAGCACGUUCGAGAAAAACAUCGUUACAGUAAGAAUCAGCUUAAUCUAGUGACUUAAAUGGCGGGUGUGGUGAUGCUUCAUAUUGAAAGAAAACCUAAUAUAAUUAAAGAAAGUUCCUAAAAUAGAUUUUACUGAAGUGGGAUGGUAAUUCUAUAGAGGCCAAGUCUUGAAUUUUUGAAAGAACAUUAUUUACUAGUUUUAUUAACUACAACCUCGACUUAACCAGUUCGGCAAGGCUUCAGGCUUGGAGGUCUUAUUACCAUCAUUUAAGAGGAUCAGUUGAGAUGACAAAUUUGGAGAAAUUGAACAUAGACGGAAAUCUUCAACCCUCUUAUGGAGAUUAUUCGAGUGUUUUUAUGUGUGAUUUUUCGCAACGUUUAAUCCUAUGUUAAUGUUUUCACUUAAAUUUCAGGGAACAACCAAAUAUUCAUUUAAAGCCAGAUCGUGUCCGUUUUGAGUUAUACCCCAAUGAUUUAUUGCUGCCCAUAUUUUAAGCCAUACUAUAAGAUAUAAAUAAUUUGCGAAGUCUUUGUUUUUCGUCUGCUUUAUGCCCACAGACAUUCAAUGAUUAGGUAUACUAAUGCACUAAGCGUAAUUGCCCCCUUGUAGACUUGUCAUUGUUAAUCCUUGGCACCCACUGAAUUCUAGUUUCCAAUGAACGGUUUUCCCUAGCAACUAUGAUUAAGGCCUUAAGGGUUUUUUCUUGAAAAAAUACGUGUCAGGAUAUGUGAGCUUAUAAGGAGGAAGAUCUUACUCAGCACCUAGACUGGGCAAUUCUGAAUCAAGCACAGCACUGGACACCUAAUGGUCGACGACUCCCAACCCAAUAUUUUCUUUAGAUCUUGUUCUCCAACACUAUGUUGUAUCAAGGUUUUAUCAACCACGAAUUGCUGAUAUUCUUUCGAUUAAAUAAAGUAUAAUAUAUUAAAUUUAAGCUAAAGGUUUGAAGAAUCAAAUUUUCAGCAACAAUAUAAGGUCAAAAGAUGUUUGCAAGCUAAAUUCUCACCCCCAAUAUUUCAUAAAGUGUCCGCCACUUAUCAAACACUUAACAAGAAUUUAAACAGAAUUUAGGUUAUCUCAAAUGUCCAAAGACAAAAUUUAUAAUCAUAUUUCUUUUGUAGGUAUUUAAUUGGUAGAAGAUUAGUCAACUAUGAACAUUCUACAAACAUUCCCUCGACAAGCAAUACCUAAAAUUCAAGUCUUAUAGUCGGUCAUCCCCCAUCGGGUGACUGUAAAUUUAUCUCAAAAUAGAGAAGAGCAAGUCAGUGGUAAAUGGUAAUCCUUCCUUGUGGAGUCUAUAGUAUAAAGGUAGCAUUUGAUGUUCCGCAAAGGAUUGACAAAGGUUCUUAAUCUAACUGAAGAGACACCUUAAAUUAGAAGGGUUAUGGAUAUAGAGGGCCAAGAUUUGAUGCAGUUCAAAAUCUUUAAUUCUAGCUUCAUUAUGCUGCAGCAAUUGGUUUAUUCCGUGACAUUCUGCAUGGUAACACGACUCGUAGAGGAUUAUGUUGUCUAAAAAAAUACAUUAAUAUAAAUCAUAGGCAUGUAUACCCUAAAUUUCUGGGUUUUGCCACAGCACCAAUAUGGUGUAAAUCAUUGCAGCUUUGUAGACACUGACAUUUUUGUGUUAGGAAAACACCAAAUACACUCAGUGUUCUAGUUAUUUCAAUACACCUAUUGGGUAUAAAUUUGGUGUUUGCCUAACACAAAAGGGAUUAAGGAACAAUUUGUGCUCACAUCAUGUAUUUAAUUUCAUUCUUAGAUUAACUUAUGAUUUAAUUAACGGUAUCUAGGUUUACUGAUGUAAUCAAAUGUUCAUUCUUUCUCUGAUGACGGCCCGAGUGCACGGACCACCACAUGGUGUAACUACAAAGUGUUCCUUAAUUUUACUCUGAACGCCAUGCAAAGCUUUAAAGAAAACAAAAGGGAUGUUAUCAUUUACAAUGAUUUACACUGCAGAAGUACGAUGAUUUUGGGGUUGUAGCAACACCCAGAGAUUCAGAGUGUUAAAUUCUAAAGAUUUAUUCCACUCGUGUUAAAAUUCAACAUCAUGUAGCUUGUUGUGGAUGUUUUCAUCAUUUACUUGCUAGUUUAGUGAGUGAAACUGAGGCAUAUCAUGGGAGAAUUUCAAAAAAUAUUUUAUAUGAUAUUACACUUACAGCAUGCUGGUCAACUUUAAAUGUGUUGGCACAUUAUAGGAGCUAGUCAUUCGAUCCUAUAAGCGAUGCUUAAUGUUUCGAUUUUUUUAUACAGCUUGCAAGUCAAUAAUACAUAUAUAAUGAACAAUUUAGCCCCCAUGAACAAUAUAUAAUGAACAAUUUAGCCCCCAUGAACAAUAUAUAAUGAACAAUUUGGCCCCAAUUUGUCCUCCCUUUCUCUUUAGAAUGGACCACCAGUGAAACACUUCUGUAGUCUAAACCUGUUCACUCAGUGAAACACUCCUGUAGUCUAAACCUGUUCACUCAGUGAAACACUCCUGUAGUCUAAACCUGUUCACUCAGUGAAACACUCCUGUAGUCUAAACCUGUUCACUCAGUGAAACACUCCUGUAGUCUAAACCUGUUCACUCAGUGAAACACUCCUGUAGUCUAAACCUGUUCACUCAGUGAAACACUCCUGUAGUCUAAACCUGUUCACUCAGUGAAACACUCCUGUAGUCUAAACCUGUUCACUCAGUGAAACACUUUUGUAGUCUAAACCUGUUCACUCAGUGAAACACUCCUGUAGUCUAAACCUGUUCACUCAGUGAAACACUCCUGUAGUCUAAACCUGUUCACUCAGUGAAACACUCCUGUAGUCUAAACCUGUUCACUCAGUGAAACACUUCUGUAGUCUAAACCUGUUCACUCAGUUAUUUUAUUCAAAUCAAAAGAGAAUAAGAAUAUUUUGUUGGAAAAUAAAUGUAGAAAAUUAAUUUGGAUGAAAAGAAAAGAAAUUCACUAAAACCUAACCCCAAUCCAGAGAAAAAUUAUUAUUAUUAUUAUAAAAAAAAAACGAUUUGCAGCUACAGAGCUGAAUUGCUCGGUUUACAUCAUCUGAAAAUACAGUUUAUAAAAUUACACGCUAAGACUUGUUAUAGGUAUUAAAAUAUGCUACACUACUAAUUGGCAUAUAGCUAUUUUUGAAUUGGUACAUAUUAAUACAAAAUAUUCCCUAAACACAUAGAGGAAGGUCUCCAGGGGGGUCUGUGUUCCCGUAUUCCCUUGGAAACGUGUGCCUUGUUCUCCACAACAUUUUCACCAUGUUCCCCAAGCUUACAUAUUCCCUUGUUCUCUAUCAUCUUUUUAGCUUUGUUCUCUUCUUCCCAUUGCAAAAUAUGCCUUCUUCCCUAGAACCCCUGGGAGACCCUCGUAGAGUCAUAUAGGAUUUUCUAAGGUAAACCAAACAGCUAUAUUGAUAAUAGAACUUAUCAUGCUUUAGGGCAGAUGUACGCCUUGGGGCUUCAUCCCCAUCUUUAUUGAAAAAUCGAUCUAGAUUGUUGCAGAAUAAAAGUGGUAAACUCUGCAGUCAUGCAAUCUUUUAGGUAGAAAAAUCUCG